AUGACAAAUAUUUUACUUCGUGCCCAAAAACCAAACAAUUGGCAAUUAGGAUUUUUACCCAGUACGGGUACAUAUUACACAAAAGUAAAAGAUAGUGCACCUCCACCACCCUCUUCAACAACAGAGAUAUCAACAGUUGUUCCUAUCGAGCCAAGAUCAUUGGAUAAAAAUCAAACUGACAGUGAUUCAGCACUAGAACGUGUCCAAAGAUUUGGUAUAACUGGUUAUGGUGGAGGUUACGGUGGCACAGCUGGUGGUACGCCUGGUGUGUAUGCACCAUUAAAAAUUGAUCUAGGCGGUGUUGUUUUGGGUGCAUUAAUUGGUUUAGGUGCUGUUCUCGUUCUGCCAAAAUUGGCGUAUGUUUUCUCACAUGGUUAUGGUGGAGGACAUGGUAGUUAUGGCGGUGGAUACAGAAGUGUGGAAACAACGUUAACAGAAUUAAUGAGUAAUUUGGAAACAUCUUUGGAAAAAUAUAAUAUUGAUUCUAGUUCUUGUAUGCAACGAUUGGUCUGUUCAACCGUUCAAAGUUCUCAAUCAAAUAUGGAACAAGGGCUCGCUUCAACUAUGGAUCAGUGGGUUCAAAUGCUUACAAAGAACCAAGUAUUUUCUGGCAUGUUAGAUGGUACGGCUAUCAAAGAAGCUGUUGAUGCAGGUUGGAGUCCAGAUCCAAAUGUAUGUGAAAAAUAUUACCCAAAAUGUUCAAUAGAUAAACAAAAAAUAUUACAAAUGGUUUCGAAUUUAAUGCCAUCUUACACUUCAUAA